AUGGCCCUGAAGAGAAUCCACAAGGAAUGGAACAACCUGGCACGGGAUCCCCCAGCACAGUGCUCAGCAGGUCCUGCUGGAGAUGAUCUGUUUCCUUGGCAAGCUCCAAUAAUGGGGCCAAAUGACAGUCCCUACCCGGGUGGAGUAUUUUUCUUGACAAUUCAUUUCCCAACAGAUUACCCCUUCAAACCACCUAAGGUUGCAUUUACAACAAGAAUCUAUCAUCCAAAUAUUAACCGUAGUGGCAGCGUUUGUCUUGAUAUUCUACGAUCACAGUGGUCUCCAGCACUAACUAUUUCAGAAGUACUUUUAUCCAUCUGUUCUCUGUUGUGUGAUCCCAAUCCAGAUGAUCCUUUAGUGCCUGAGAUUGCUCGGAUCUAACAAAACAGAUAGAGAA